AGCAAGCUGUGAAGAGUGAGUGUUGAUGUUCGGAAUGUCAGAUUUCGUAAUUUUUUCGUUGCUAUUGGCAAUUGGCAUUUUGUUUUUUACUUUUUAGCGAAUAUUGUUGAUAGGGUGGCCGUCGCUCACUCGUUCGCCUGAAAUCUGAAUCUUUCAACCAUUGAGAAGUGACUACCCACUGACUAAUGAACGUUGAAGAUUAUUCUCCUCCUCAAACUAUUACAACAGUUAACAGUGCAGUGCGUCGCAUUAUUCGCAUUACUAGUACUUUCGCGUAUUGAAUAUAAUUUUAUUACACACUAUUAUACAUCGCCGUAAUAUUGUAUAUUAUUUAAUAUUUUACGUCAAUACCUAUCAUCGUCUAUAUAGUAUUGUUUUUAAUUCAAUUUGUCACUGUUAAUAGAUUUUUAAACUACUCGAAUAUCAUUGUGGUUGUUUUUUUAAUCUCUAAUCGUUUUUUCUUUUAAUUUAUCUACCAACGAAAUUACCACUGCAGAGUUAUGGCCGACCAGAGUCAAAAUCCAGGAACUCCUGGUACUAGUAAUCAAUAUCCAAACUGGUCCCAACCGAUGAACUGGUCUUCUUAUGGAAACUAUACGGGACCUCAAAUGUAUAAUAUGAAUGCGUUUUAUGCUGCACAAUGCUAUAAUCCGCAAGGAUUUCAAAGUUUUCCCAGUCAAAAUUUUAAUUUUAAACCAUUUGUUCCUGGAGGCACAUUAGAAACUGCAACUGUUUCACAUGAAAAUUCUCCUCCUCUGCCAAAUGGACCAGCUCCUUCACAACCUCCUCCACCUCAAUUUGAUAGCGAUGAUUUAGAUAAACUUCCGCCUUUACCACCUGGUUCUCCACCACCCGUUCCUGGAAUAUGUGAUGUGCCUCUACCACCUCAGCCAAAUAUAUCAUCCCUACCUCCCAUGCCUCAAACAAAAAAUGGUAGAAAAAAAUGGAGAAAAAAACAAAGAAACUUAAUGGAAGCAGCUAUGGCUAACCAGUCUGCACAAAUUGCCCCUCCCGUAUAUCCUAUGAUAAAUUUUGUUCCUCCUGUUCCUAUUUCACAACCACCUCCUACACCAAAACAAACUAUACCAAAUUCUUUAUUUUCAUUUACUCCUAUAGUUCCCAGCAAACCACCACCACCACAACAACCAGCACCACCUAAAGAAAUUCAAUCUAUUCAAAAAAAACAAAAUACUUUUGAUUUGCCUGAUAAUUGUCCAUCUAGUUUAAGAGAUUAUAUAAAAAAAUGUCAAGAUAAAUGUAUAAAUAAAAUAGACAGAGAUAGAAUGGAUAUAAUUUUAAAAGGAAAAUUGACUAAUGCAAAUCAUGAUGGUUCACUUUGGAUUAAAGACUGGACUAAAGAACCAAUGCCAAUGUUGUUAAGUGAAAAUAUUACAAUAAACCAAAAUCAAGAAAAUGGUAAAAAUAAAAAUUCAAUCAUUAAAAUUGCAUUCAAAAAGUCUACGAACAACUAUGUCAACUGCUACUUCACUUCAAAAUUCAAAUCUUGUUUGUCUCCUUCAUCAAAUAGUUCUAAUGAAUCUAAUAAUGAUGUCAUUAAAAAGAAAAACAGUCCGUUACGGGAAAAUAAAAGACAAAAUAGCGAUGAUUUUAUUCCUCUUAAUGUCAAUAGUGAUGAAAGUAAUAGCAAAAAGAGUAAAUAUACUAAUAAGAACAAAAAAUUAUAUAAUGAAGAGGCUCAUAUAUAUCAACAAUAUGGCUCUAUAAAUAAUAAACCAAGUUAUGAUAAACAUUUGUUAACCAAGCGUGCUGCACGUUUUUCAUCUCAAGGAAGUCCAAAAAAAAAGCCUCGUCAAAUAAUAAAAAAUGAUUAUCAUUCACAUAAGUUUUCUUCUAUGGAUGAUGAUGAGUUUCAUAUAGACUCUUGCCAUAUUGUUGGAACAUGUGUUGAUUUAGAAAAAAAAUAUUUAAGAUUGACUGCAGCACCAGAUGCUGAAGCUGUAAGACCAGUAAGAGUUUUGGUAAAUUCAUUACAACAUGUCAAGUCCAAAUGGAUGAGUAAUAGCGACUAUGUCUUUGCAUGUGAUCAAUUGAAGUCAAUUCGACAGGACUUAACUGUGCAAGGUAUUAGGGAUCCAUUUACAGUAGAAGUAUAUGAAACACAUGCUAGGAUAGCUUUAGAAAAAAGUGAUAUGGGAGAAUUCAAUCAAUGUCAGACUCAAUUGUGUGAUUUGUAUGAGGAGUUAAAAGAUAAUCCUACUGCUCAAAAAAAUAGAAAUGAAUUUCUCUGUUACAGUAUAUUGUAUUGUAUAUAUACUAGAGCUUUAUGUGAGUUGAACAAGGUUCUAUUGUGUAUUAAAGAGUCAAAAAUCAAAGACGAAAGUGUAGAAUUUGCAUUGAAAAUCAAAGAUGCCUGGUGGUUAGGAAACCAUAUUCGGCUAUUUUCUUUGUACAAAGUAGCUCCUAAAAUGGCUUCAUACUUAAUGGAUAUGUUUCUGACUAGAGAGCGCAAUAACUUCUAUUUGGCUAUUGCCAAGUCUUACCGUCCAACUAUUCCAAUCUCGACCAUUCAAGAUCAAAUGGCAUUCGAUAAGCGUGAGGAUUGUUUGGCUUUUCUUAAGGCUGCAGGCGCUGUAUUUACUUCCAAUAACGAAAACAUCGACUGCAAAGCAAGCUGCGGUUCGGCCGAAGCUUGACUUUCAGAUGAUUUCGUUCUCAUGUCUACAUAAUCACAUAUAUAUAUAUGUAUAUAUCUAGUAUAAGAAAGUCUUCGUUGAUUUGUCAUCAUAGAAAAGAACCACGAUGAGCCACAAAUUAAAGUUCUACUUCUAAAUAUAAAUAUAACUACAUCUAUAAAAUUAUUUCAUGACUCAAAAAUAAAUUAGGUAUGUCAGUCAUGGAGACUAACAUAUGUUUUUCAACACAAUUUAUUCCAAUGGAUCACAUUGCACAAAAAUGUUAACCAUAUUUUUGGCAAUUCAGCUUCGUUUUCUACGUCCAUCUCUCUUUUGUUUGUUUGUUUUUUUUUUUCUGUCGAUUGUCUUUGGCCUUCAUUAUUCUGAUGGCUGCAAAAUGUUAUGAAGAAAUUUGAUAUUUUUUGUAUCUACGCCCAAUUAUUUGUUAUAUUGUGAAUUAUGAGUAAGUAAGAGACGUCCCAAAAACUCCAUGAAAAUUCAAUUGUCUUGAAAUUGAGAAAAAAGUACUUGCUCAAUGAAAAUAUGAGGUGACUUGUGCCAAAACUUGAGUUAGGUAAGUAGGUGCUCUGUUGCUGAAUUUUGUGAAAAUCCUACCUAUGUAUCAUGAAAGUAAGAAAGAAGAAAGUAUAACAGACAUCAAUUACAAUGUGGAUCAAUUUUAAAAAGAACUAACUGGAAAAUUCAUGUCGAGUAGCCAUACAUUUGUUUUGUGUGUAACUUGAACAUACAAAAUAUUUAGUUCAUAUAAUUUUUUCUUAUAUUUAAUUACUCAAUUCAUAUUAAUAUGAUCAAUGCAUUUGCAUUGGCAUGUAAAAAAAAUACAUUUAAUAGUAAAAUAUGAGUCUUCAUUCAAGGAUAAUUCAAUAUGGCUGUAUAUUUCAUAGUGAUUUGUUGCAAGUACCAUUUUUAAGUAACAUCAAUUAUAUUAAGAUGACCAUUCAACUUUAUUAUUGAUUUAACAUAUUGCAUUUAAAGAGAAUAUUUAUGGAUUAUUAUAUGGACAGAGGCAUUUAUAUAUUUUUAAUAGGAUACAUUUCGUGCAUAAGGUUGAGUAAUUUUAACAAAUUUUAUCAGUAUUCAAUUCUAAUAGGAUAAUAGUCUGGUUCAAUUAAUUAUGUGGAUAAUAUACUAUUCAGACUCUCGUGGUUUAUUUAUUUUUUUAGUUUAUUAUUUCUUCGACAAAUUACAAGUCAUUUACUAUAUUUAUAUUAUGUUUAAAAAUACUUUAUGUAUGCAGUUAUUUUAAAUUAAUUCUUAUAUUUCGUUGUAAAUAUAUUUUAGAAUAAUAAAAAAUAAAUAAGUUUUAA